AGAUCUAUCCCAAGUACCAACAACAUUCUGCAGCCCCUUAGUUUGACUUGCGCAGCCUUCGCUCACUGGCUGUGAAUCUGCAGUUUAGUUCUUCGUAGUUUACAUUGAAUUACAAUUUCUGGCGUUUUGGGGUUAGUAAUUAGGUCAUACACUACAGUGGGAAACCAAUCCUAAACGAAGCACUACUAUUUAGAAUACAAACAACCUUACAACAUGUAACGGAUUUAGGUUAUUAUGGCAUCUGGAGAUCACAAUGUUGAAAAAAGAGAUUUCCAGUACAUCAAGGAGGGCCGGCCCAAUGAACUUCUCAAACAAAAAAUGCAACCUUCUGGCAACAAGAACAUGAAGGAGGUUACAUUUUUUAAAAAGGAAGAGUUAAAUAAUAAGAAGAGAUCUCCAGUUGGUCAAACUGCAAACAGCUCCUGUAAGGGGAAGAAGGUGGUGUCCCACAAAAGAAAAAGCAGACAUCAGGUUGUGAACCCCUGUGGGAGACGGAAGCAGCCCCUUCUGAGCAGGGCCUGUGACAUGGCAAACAAGGAAAAUGAAGUGGCAUGUGCAAGCAGCUUGUAUGAAAAACUACACAAGGACCGUUGCACCUUCCCAGUGAACUCCGGGGACUCCACUAAGAUGGAGGGUGCUGCUUCCAAGUACAGCGAUUAUUUCACUGAGAUAUCUAAGGAUCAUGAUACAAUGACACAAGUACUUUUUGGGAGAAAUUUGAGGCUAAAUGUAGCACUGAGUCUUUGGCGAAGAAAUGCAAGUGAACUGGUGGCAUACCUCAUCAGAAUUCAAGAUAUUGGUGUGCUGGCGGAUUGUCUACCUGUAAUAACAAAAAGCCUUCAAGAGGAGAAACCAAUUAUUUCUAUUGGCUGCUGUGUUGACCUCUUACCACUAAUUAAAGAUAUUCUUAAAAGUAGAUUUGAAGAAUACCUGAUAGCUGGGUUACACUGGGUGCAGUCUGUCAUUAAGAAAUGGUGGCCUGAGUUAUCUGCAAAUGGAACAAAUGCCUGCGAUAGCCAUCCAGAGGAUGGGAAUAUUCAGAUUAUGAAGCAGCAAUUACAAGAACUGUGGGAACAAGGAAGUCAUUUGAGUUUUGUUCCAGGAACUACAGGUGAAAUUGCAAAGACUGUUGAAUCCUAUUUAUCACAGCUGCGCUGAAGUAUAUGUGAAACACUUAGAGAAAGUAACCACUCCCAGAACUUGCCGUCACAAAGCUGCUUUUCAGCUGUACAGUGAUACGGUUUAAAUGGAUCACAUGGUCGCAUUUCCAGGAACACUACCAAGAGUGGUUCAAAGAUCUCCCCACUCUCCUACCCUGUAUAAAGCCUUAAGUUCAUUGAGAAUUACUGCUUCAUAUUGAAGUGGUGGACUUGCCAGGAGGCACACACUGUAAAUCCAUAUUUGUCAGGACAUUGGUAAGAACUUGGCUAUUAAAAACAAAAUAAUGAUAAAAAUAAGCCUUGUAAGUGCCAGUUUAUUUUCACUACAGCAUAUUUUGCCAUACAGUGCAUUUGUACAGAUGAAUGUAAUAAUUAUUGUAACACAGGUUUCAACUCGGCAGCCCUGAACUUGAAUGUUAAACAGAAUCUGAAGUUAUUAGAACAUUUACAAUUUGUCUGAUCAUGUAAACUUAACUGUAAAUGUAUAUACUACUAUGUUCUUUCAUUCAAAGAUUAAAUAAAUUUGCAAAAUGUUUGGUGUCACGUCAUGCAAGAAUUACAAUUAGUGACUUUAAAAAAAAGAUAGGAUUGUGCUUCCUACACUAUUUGUAUGUGACCAGCAAAGAUGUUACCUGGAUGUUAAGUGGAUGGACACAAAAUUAUGUAUUUGAUUCAGCACAUCUGAGUGAGCAAAACUGUCUUAAUUUAAUAUAUUUAGAAUUGCUUCCUCCGUUGAACUUAAAGUAACUUGCACUUUUAAAGAUACUGAUACAAAGCAUACAAGAUAAGCACUAAUUACUUUUUAAACUAUGUGUUUUGAGCU